UCGAAAAACAAAGAAGAAAGAAGAAUAAAAUAGUUCCAGAGGGUACAGAAGUUGACUUUGAGACAAGAGUUUUGCGUUGUUCAGAUCUCUGGUGUUUGGGUUGAUGAUCAUGGCCGAAUCAUUUCUCUUCAGCAUCGCCGAUUCACUCAUAGCAAAGCUUGCGUCUCAGCUUUAUGAAGAAGCUUCUCGGGUGAUGGGUUUGUAUCAGCAUCUGCAAGAGUUUACAAGAACUCUCUCAUUAGUCAAAGCUGUGUUGUUGGAUGCUGAGCAGAAGCAAGAGCACAACCACGAGCUGCGGGAAUGGCUGAAGCAGCUGAAGCGUGUCUUCUCCGAUGCCCAAGAUGUGCUCGAUGAAGUUGAGUGCCAAACGCUGCAAAAUCAAGUUGUCAAAGCUCAUGGUACCACCAAAACCAAGGUUGGUCGCUUCUUCUCAACCUCUAAUCCACUUGUUUUUCGUUACAAGAUGGCUCAACAAAUUAAAGAUAUCAACAACAGACUAGACAAGGUUGCUGCUGAUAGGCAUAAGUUUGGUCUUCAAACAAUUGAUGUUGACACACGUGUUGUGCAUCGAAGAGAGAUGACACACUCCCAUGUGAGUGAUUCAGAUGUGAUUGGAAGGGAACAUGACAAAGAAGAGAUCAUACAUCUUUUGAUGCAGAAGAAUCCCAUUGAUGUUGAUAAAAGUCUCCCUGUUAUCCCCAUUGUGGGAAUGGGAGGUUUGGGAAAAACCACACUUGCAAAGUUUGUGUUUAAUGAUGCCAGGAUAAACGAGUGCUUCCCAUUAAAGAUGUGGGUGUGUGUUUCAGAAAACUUUGACAUUAAGCAAAUGAUUGUUAGAAUUAUCAAUUCUGCUAACGAUUCUGCUUCACACUCUCAUGCUCCUGGUUUCCAACAGAAUUUGAACAUACUAGACAUGGAGCAGCUGCAAAAUCAAUUGAGAAACAAACUUGUUGGUGAAAAGUUCUUACUUGUCUUGGACGAUGUAUGGAAUGAAGACCGUGUUAAAUGGGUUGAGUUGAGGGCUUUAAUACAAGUAGGUGCUGCUGCAGGAAGUGCAGUUCUAGUGACUACUCGUAGUCACUCCAUUGCAUCCAUGAUGGGCACGGUUUCCUCUCACAUUUUAGAAGGUCUUUCUUUGGAGGAUUCAAUAUCUCUGUUUGUCAAAUGGGCAUUUAAAGAAGGAGAAGAGGAAAAUUAUCCUCAUUUGAUAAAUAUUGGCAUAGAUAUUGUGAAAAAAUGUAGAGGGAUUCCAUUGGCAGUGAGAACUAUAGGGAGUUUAUUAUUUUCCAAAUUUGAAGCAAAUGAGUGGGAAUAUGUGAGAGACAGAGAAAUUUGGAAUUUACCGCAGAAAAAAGAGGAUAUUUUACCUACACUCAAAUUAAGUUAUGAUCUUAUGCCAUCCUAUUUGAGGCAAUGCUUUGCUUUGUUUUCCCUUUACCCAAAGGAUUAUGAAUUCGUUAAUUUUGAGGUAGCUAAUCUUUGGGGUGCACUUGGACUCCUUGGGUCUCUGAAAAAGAAUAUGACACAAGAUGUUGCCAAUCAGUAUUUCUGUGAACUACAGUCAAGAUCUUUUAUUCAAGAUUUUGUGAGCUAUGGGACAGUUUAUACAUUUAAAAUACAUGAUUUGGUGCAUGAUCUAGCCUUGUUUGUUGCAAAAGAUGAGUGUCUACUAAUAAAUUCCCACGUUCAAAGUAUACCUGAGAGUAUUCGUCAUCUGUCAUUUGUCGAAAACGAUUUGGAUGACAAAUCAAUCAGUUCAAAAUCAGUAGGUGUGAGAACCAUUCUCUUUCCUAAGGAUGGUGUUGGUGCCAAGAGUGAAGCUUUCUUUACAUUGGUUUCAAGGUACAAAUACUUGCAUAUUUUGAAUUUAAGUUAUUCUUCAGUUGAAACUUUGCCUUAUUUCAUUGGGAAGUUAAAACAUUUGAGAUCUCUCUGUCUUUAUAAUAACAAGAAAAUCAGGGGACUCCCUGAUUCUAUUUGUAAGCUUCAAAGUUUGCAAGUGUUGGACCUUGGUGGAUGCAUGGAGCUGGAAGCAUUACCCAAAGGAUUAAGAAAAUUGAUCAGUCUUCGAGAUUUUGUCAUAACCACAAAGCAAGCUGUUUUGCCCGAGAAUGACAUUGCAAACUUGAGCUCUCUUCAGUAUUUGACUAUUCAAUGUUGUGAUAAUGUGGAGUCUUUAUUCUCAGGGAUAGAACUUCCUUAUCUGAAAGCAUUGACUGUUAAUAGCUGUAAGAGGCUAGAAGCUUUGCCACUUGACAGUAAGCAUUUUCCUGCAUUAGAGACGUUGUGUAUUGGGAACUGUGACCAAUUGGAAUUGUCCAAGGGUCAUGAAGACCAGAAGUUCAUCUUAAAGUUAAAAGCAAUACUAUUUACUUCAAUGCCACAGAUAGAGACAUUGCCUCAUUGGCUUCAAGGAUCUAUUAAAACACUACUAUCCUUGAGACUAGAACACUGCCACAAUCUUGAGGUGCUUCCUGAUUGGCUACCAAUGGUAACUUGUCUGAAAGCACUUGACAUCAAAGAUUGCUCGAAGUUGCAUUCUCUUCCAGAUGGCAUCAAUUGCCUCACUGCCCUUGAACGUUUACAAAUCAUAGACUGUCCUGAAUUAUUCAGAAAAUACACGCUGUAAGUCGGAGAGUAUUGGACCAAAUGUCAUACUUAGCAUUGUUGAAAGAAAAGAUCUGGAAUAAAAAGUAAAUAGAAGAGGGAGUGAAAAGUUUCAACUACCUUGAUAAAUGUUGAAGGUCUUUCCGUUCUUUUUUCUAGGUUCUGUAAUGCAGAUUGUUUUUUCUAAAGCACUUUUUAAAUUAUUUUGAUUUAUGUUUUAUGGGUGAUAGUUGUUCCUUGAACCCAUGGAUCGCACUAUGGGUGAUUGCUUGAUGUAGACCAUGAUGAUGACAUCUCUUCUAUGUUACUCUUUCCUUUUUUUUCUUGUAUAGAAAUUUAGAUUUUAGUGAA